GUCGGCACCUGGGAUUACUUGCACAACCAGCGCAAAGGCUUGCGGAGCCAGAGGGAGCGGCAGUUGAGCGAUGAGGAGAUCAGGUGGAACACUGAGAUGAUAGACUGGGAGCGUCGGAACCCGCCAGGGGCGACUGGGAUCGAAGGCGCUAGUGGCCCGCCGAUGGCGGCGAGGAGCGGGCUCAGGCUGACGGAGCUUCCGUCGGAGGCCGACAGAACGCGGGCCCAGGCCGAGCAGUCGGGUGAUCCGCACCACACGAUUGUGAUCUCCGACAGCGACUCCCCCCGAGAGGCGGACCACUACAAGCCCGAGCCAGAGCGAGCGCGGCAGGAACACAUGGAGGCUGAGCGGCGCCAGCUGUUAUCCCAGGCUCCACGUGGGUCAGCCACACGGGCGACGACGGUUUCUGCCACCAUGAAGCACAGCGAGGAGCCUAUCGAGCGCGGGAAACUUCUUAAGCGGCAGGCGGAACAGACGACGAAUGCCCGCAUAGCUGCAAGAGCCAAGGCAGCCUUCCCACUACGUGCAAAGGUCGGUCAGACGGCGGAGCAGUCCAAAGGUUACAAGUCCAUCGCCAAGUUGCCCCCCGAGGAGGCCGCAGUCGUCGAGCAGAGCAAGCCGAAGCGCCUUCCACCCUUUGUUUUGUCGUCCCCGCACGAGGCCAUUCCCGUGCUCCACAAGGACUGGACGCUGGUCGACGGCGCAGCGUGGGACCCCGACAAGUUUGUUCUGGAAUUAAGGCUGCGGGGAGAGAGGAACAAGAUGAUACAUGAGUACCUCGAAGGCGGCUUCCCCGUGUGGUACCCGAGCUCGGGAAACUCCAUGUGGCCUCUGGUGCAGUCGCACGACUUCUGCACCUUUCACCCCAUCGAAGCUGCAACAGCGGAUGCGGGCCCUGGCUGCGUCGUGAAGGAGGCGUCCACCGUGCAGAACGGAGACGUCGUCUUCUGCCUGGUGCAACCGCAGCACCAAUACUACGCGCGCAUUGUGAUCCAUGCGGAAUGGGACUACCACAGGCUCCAGCACAAGUACUGGAUAGGCGGCAUCAGGCAGAACAUCAAUGUCUAUUGUUUCAGGGAGCACAUCUUCGGGAUCCUCGUGGACGCGCAGGUGCAGUACAAUGACAACUACGACAGUCGCCCGCGCCCAAAAACGCUGUGCGACAGAGCCGCGCCCAUGUAUCACACGCACCCCAGCGAGUCGGUGUCUGCCUGCCUUCUGCGAGACAUGAUCGGCGGCUCGGAUGACAAGGCCACUGAAGGUAUGACGCUCUAUGUUGAAGCCAGAGUUGCCGUGGACGUUCGGGCCGUGGCCGCCGCCGCUGCGAGUCCGCAACAAGCCAGCCAGGGAGGUUUUGCAGCGGGCGUUGGCGCCGCUGGCGGCACCCGCAGAGCAGCGCGAGAUCCAGACAGCAUCGCUUCCUCCAGAGGUAAGGGCUUGCAAGUGCCGUCGGCGUCGCCUCCAGAGAUCAGGGCCUGCGAGAUCCAGACAGCAUCGCCCUCUCCAGCAAAGGUGCAUCCAGCAUCAGCAUCGUCGCUUCCUCCAGGGAGCGUCGGAGACGGCGGAGCAGCUCGAGGGCCUUGCGGCGUGAACGUCAAGGUCAAGGUCAUGGCCAAUGACACCAUCAGCGCCGAGGGCGUCAAUGGCGGUGGCAUUGGCAAGGGGAACAAUGACACAUUUUCGUUCAUCACAGAUCGCCUGGGGCUCAACCUUUCACGCGGGGGACCGCCUACCGACGCUGUCGAGGGCCGAGCAGGAUGCGGCGACGGCGGCGACAAGGCCUCUGGAGUUCGGAGCCCGAGGGCCUUUGCAGGGGUCGAUGGCGGCAGCGCAUUUCAGUUCGCGAAGGUCGCCUGUUUCGACGACAACGGCAAAAGAGUGACAGCGCCUGCCAGGCGUCGCAUGCGCUCGCGCAGCCGAGAGACGCGGCUUAAGAUGAUGUGGGAAGGCGCCCGGGAGGGCGCUCGACAGGUGCUUAGUGAUUGUCGCGGCAUUCAAUCGAUGUUUGUACACCAGCCCCUCAUCGACAUCGACGUUGGUCUAGUGAUGAAUCGCGCGCGGCACCUCCACGAUCGCGCCGUCGCCUCUGGGCGCUCCGUCUACAUCGGCACGACGAGCGUUGAGAAGCAUGUGAUCGCGCACUUCCCCCGCGCUGACAACAAGGUCGCGUCGCAGCAGGGGCUUGCGGUCAGGCACUGCGCAUACAGCUUCCUAUAUGUUUGUAGGCAUUUCUUGCAGCGCCUGCAGGACAAGACCGCAUGGUGCUCUACCAUCAUGAACACUGUGGAGCUCCACUCGAGCUACGUCCAGAAGCGGGAAGACGAUGAAGCGGAUGAGUGGAGGUCGACGAAGAAGGCCAAGCUCAAGGACGAGAAGAUGGAUGAGAUUCUGGCUCUCCUGCGGGCACAGGGACAGACGUUCGCGGCUCUCCUGCGGGCACAGGGCAACCUGCAGAAGAAAGUCGAGGAGCUCGAUCAGAAAGUGGAGGAGCUCAAGCAGAAGGACAAGCAGCAGGCGUUGACGAAGAGGAUAUCGGUUGGGAGCGGCGCCAACUUGGUUGCCACGGCGGCCAUGCUUCAAUCGCUGGCCAUAGCACUCAUUACGGAGCUCAACGAGAAGCGCGUCUUCAUAUUGCCAGGAGUGGGUACUUUCUCAGUGAAGAGCUCGCCAGCACGGGACAGAUACAUGAUGAAAGGGGAAGCCUUCGUUCUCGAGGUCGAGGACAGGGCAACG